GUUCUCUUCAGUUUUUAUAUCGCAAAACCAAGAAGUAUUGUUAACAUUUGGUGAAGAUUAGUCGGAGAGCCGAAAACUUUCCGACCUCUGUGGCCAAUCACAAGCAUCACGAGAACUCAGGAAGUCGUCACGUCGGCUUGUCGCCAAUUGCCUGUGUUAUGUUACUUACCAAUACCUCUGCCAGGCACCACGUUCUCAGUCAGUCACUGUCUGGAUUUCAACCGUACUACAGACUGGUAACCCGCGGCGUGCGCGGGAAAAGUACCUUCAGCUUUUUCGCCUCAUUGGCCGAAAACAUGUAUCUUCUCUGUGAUUGGUUAGGACGUGCUGCACGAGUUUCAGCUUUGACGCAGUCACUCUUAAACUUAGCAAAACCAAAGUGAUGCAGGUUGAGACAUCAUUGGAUAAUAGCUAGCCCUAUAUAGCUGCUUAAGAGGAUAGCAAUGCGUAUUCCGUUAAAUAUGAUUACAUGAUUAAACAGUCACCUAAUCCCGGUUGUUCAAAAACACGAUUAAGCUUAUGCAACAUUUGUGUGAUUUUGAUUUAAGUAUUGCUACAUUUCAGUAAGUUUGCGUUUAUAGUUAUAGUGGCUGAGUUUUGGUUCUGAUUAAUGUCAUACUCCACAAAACGUUGUGGUGAAAACACCUUUAUUAAAGGGAGAUUACAAGCUCGAUCGACUUUUAAUUCUGGAUUAGCGCUUAUAGACUUUCGAAAGACAGAGCCUUGGAGGUUAGUUUUAGUUUGGUUUAGUUCAAUCUACUUGCUUUUGACUUUUUAAGUUUCACUACAUAUACUGAUACUUGUGGAAAUUGGAAUGGUUAGGGUGGUCUUGAGCUUCAUAUAAUUUGUCUGUUUUACGACAAUUGGACAGGGACAAAACUGAUAUUUGACAUAUAGCAUAUUUUUUGUCAAUUCCUCCGUCGUUUUUUUGUAGAUUUUGCUUAAGAGUUACGUUGGAACACUUGUAAUACAUUUCUUAGGCAGGAUCUUUGACGUGAUUUGUCUUGUAGUAACACUGGAUACGAUACCGGCGACCACCUGUGUGUAUUCUCCCUAGGAUAUUGCCGAGUCUUAGCCAAUUAGUUACAUCAAUAUUAGCCUGAGGGGAGGGGUCUUAGGGGCCGGGGCAUCAUCUUUUCGGCGAAAAAGUGAGGCCAUAGUAUUAGUGACAAUGUGUUGUGUAAAAGAGAAGCCACUUCGCCUAUCUGCCUAACUAACGUACGAUCUUAGAAUUUUUUGUUGUUGGGGCAGAUACUCGUUUAAUCCGGGUACCACACGUUUAUUCCGAGUGGCCAAGUUCUAUACACCAGUGCUCUAUAACGUAGAAUGGCGUAAUUUCUUAGCAGUUAGUCUAGAUUUGGGCGCCCAUGGACCGAAAUGUUUUCAGGGCAGAAACUCGUUUAAUCUUGGUACCGCACCUUUUUACUCCGUAUAGUCAAGUUCUGGAUUCGCCAGUGCUCUUUGACGUAGGAUGGCAACAUUUUUUGGCAUUUAGACAGACUACUGAGAUUCGCUUCUUUAUGUAGUAAGCUCUUUCUAUUUUUCGCAGCUGCGACUCUCCUGACGAAAGUACUACAGUAAUGCUUGUUAUGCAAACGCUUGUGUGUUUACUAACUGACAUUUGAACACUCUGCAGCGAGGUGAUUCCAUUACGGAGCUGAAGGAGCAGUUAGACCAGAUCAAAUCCACGGAAUGACCAACACGAACUUGUUGAGCAGGAUAUCACCAAAGUGAUCCGGUUUUACGUGCAAGGCCAUCGUCGCGCGUUCGUUAAGUACAAACACUGGAGCGUUUCUCAAGCUCAAAACGUGGAGGGAAUCGGAAGGAUGCGCUUCGCUCUGCUGGAAAUCAACCGGUGGGGAAUCUACCAGGUGGUUAAGAUGCACGCCAUCAAACAAGCAUGGUACCGCCUCCUAGAGAAGAAGGAAGAACGGGAAAAAGGCGUUGAAGAGGGUACUUCGGCUCCUUCGCGACCAUCUGAGAGUAAAGGGACCAGUAAGAAGACUGAAGACAGCGAGGAUGACGAUGAUGAUGAUGACGAUGACGAUGAUGACAACGAUGAUGAUGACGAUGAUGACGACGAUGAUGAUGAUGACGAUGACGACGAUGAUGAUGAUGAUGACGACGACGAUGAUGAUGACGAUGACGAUGAAUCGAGGCCGACGACGAAACGUGGCGCUAAAAACAAGAAAGGCCAGAAUAAUAAAGGGAAGAGGGGCAAAAAAUAGUGGUAUGGAUAGUACAAAAGAAUGCUGGAGAAAAUAACCUAAUAGUUAAUUUAUUACUAGAACUGAGAUUUGUACAUUUCAUUACCAGACGUGUUUACCUCUGUACUUUUUAUCAUGGAACGAAUAGUUUUAUGAAAAGCGCAAACAGCUGGUCAUUAAUCUGGCCAGCCGUAGUCUGAGUGACUUGGAAAGCAGGAGGCUGCAGUGUAGGUCUAUUUUGGGCGAGUGAGCGCUGAAUAUUCCAUCCAUUGUUGGCUCCGUUGUCUUGUUUUCAAAAACCAAAACCGGUUUACUGACGACAAGACUUCAACGGUCCAGCAGAAUAUUCAAAGCCUCUCACAGACUUCAUAACAUGAGUUAUUUUUAGACGAAAUUAUAAGGUUUACGUAAUAUAUGAGCGCUUUUGUUGCCUCAUAGAAUGAAACAAUUAAAGAAGCUCACUUAGUGAGCAUGUACAAUAAUAAUACUCUUAGUUCUCACUAGCUGGGCUGGACCUUUGCUGGUUGUUUCUUGGCCGAUUUUUACUGCCUCGGAACUAUUCAUGUCGUCAAUAUAUUUAUACUGUCUAAAAUAAGAUAGAAUCCGUUGGAGGUUUUCCAUAUGACUUGUAAAAAUAAUUUAAACCAAAGUUUAGUUACAUCUGAUCAAUCACAGCAAACGUAGACAACAGGAUAAGUCAAUUAGAAACCGCAGUGAAAACCUGUAACUGGCGCCAAGCGCGGAAAACUUGCGUAAGGAAAGCGCGGGAAAACGUGCGUAAGCCAAGUCAUGAUUGGUUUCGAUUGUACUCAUGAUUGGUUGCAAAACAAUCGUUUGCAAUGGCAAGUCAGAGUUCGUUUUGCUCGUUUCUCGAAAAAUAAUUGAGAAAAGCUCCACUCGAUUCCAGGAAAUUGAUGUUACCCAUUUCAUAUCCAUUCUACGAUUAAGCACUCAUACAAGUAUAACGAUUUUUUGGCCCAUGUGUGAAGGGUAUGUUUUGUUGAGUGAGUUCGAUUGACUGUCAAAGUGAACAGAGUUUUGCUAUCGUUGCCUUACUGUAAAUAGGUGUAUUAAAUGACUUGUUUGACUUGUA